GCCGUUCCUUCCCUCGGUUCUCAUGUAGAAAUGGAGUCCAUCGAGCCCAUGGAAGACCCCAAGCUUGAAUUGCACCGCUUGGGCCAGCGCCUGCUCCGCCGGCCGUUGGUGAAGACAGACAUCGUCUUCACACACCAGACAUGGGAAGUUGGCAUCCAAGCCACUGCAACACUGGCAUUUGCAGAGAACCGGGAAGCCUGCGGGGAGCUAUGCAAGACGGUGCAGGAGGCAGAGGAGAGCGCGCUGCACCAGGCGCUUCUGAUCUACGAGGAUGAGCUCAAGGAGCUCAUCAAAAAGCAUCCGCAGCCUUUUCUGCCCACCCCCAAGGCCAGAGGAACCAAAAGAGAAGGUGCCCACCUGGUGCCACCCAAGAAAAACGCCCAGGUGCCGCUUGAGCCGGUGGGUGAGGAUGAACAGUUGGCCGAAGCCUGGCAGGUGGAUCCGAACACCCAGCCUGACACGGAGUUCGCGGAGCUGGAUGGGUUUGGAGAUCCUGCGUUGCUCGCGGCGACACCCAAAGCAAGGGCGCAGCCCAAUGGAGAGAUUGUCGUCCCUGCAGGUCAGCUGGGCGAAGUCUCGAAGCAAGCGAAGCAGGAGCUGAUUGGAUUUGUUGCCAAGAUCGUGCGAAAACCGAUGAACAAAGGUGAUGUCGCCUAUGACUGCAAAAAAGUGAUUGGUGGCUACCAAGCCACCGUAAAGUUCUUCUGCCUGGAUGGUGAGUGGGAAAACGCCGUCUUUGUGGGGGAGGUGCGUCCAGACAAGGCCAUUGCAGAGCACAGCGCGGCCGCCGUUGCAUUUGCGGAGCUUCAGAAGGACGUGGUGCUGCGUGCCAGGGCUGCAGCACCUAACCCCAACAAGUCUAAGAAGGCGAGCCAAUGGACUUGGAAACCUCCCAAUCCGGCGGCUGUACCUCGUGCUGACCUGCCGCAGGUGGUGCCUCCCAGGGGCCGGGACCUCGCCUUGGACGACUCGGGGCCAGAUGUCCUACUCACGGAACACAUGGGCCUUUGGUACAUGUGCAAGGACGUGGAAGCGACCCUGGUUUUGCUAUGGUAUGUGGUAUCCUUUUUGGGCAUCAUCCUGAACAAGACGAUCCUGUCCCCAGGAAGUAACCACGUGGAUGUGACACUCUUUGCCCUGGUGCAGAUGCUGAUCACUGUGGUCUUCGGCAAGCUGCGGCAAGUCUUGCGCAGGCAAAGCCCCAGCGGCGGUGCUUGGGGCUUCCCCAAGCUGCGGCGCCUGAUGUUGUUGGGCCUGCUGCGGUCAAUGGUGACAGUGCUUGGCUUGGUGAGUCUCCGCUUCGUCGCUGCCUCCUUUACAGAGACGGUGAAGGCCUCCAGCCCACUGUUCACCGUGGCCGCCGCCUGGCUACUAAUGGGCCAGCGCACAGAGCUGCGAGUGGUGCUUACCCUACUUCCCAUCAUUCUAGGCCUCGUCAUUGCCACCGCUGGCGAGCACUCUUUCACCUGGGUCGGGUUUCUCGCUGCCCUCGCUGUGAACGUUACCGAGUGUGCCCGGCCCUCAUUUGCGAUGGCCUUCCGAUGA